CGAUCGGGCUGAACGCUGCCUUCCUCAACAUCAUCACCGAAUGGCUGGCUGACAUCAAGCUUGGCUACUGCACCACCAAAUUCUACCUCAACGAGGACUUCUGCUGCUGGGGCGAGGAGAACGGUACGGCGUCCCCUGCCCCGGCCGAGUUUCGCUGGGAGAUUGGGAGAUGAGUGAUGUGAACGAGGAAUGCUAACGUUCACACGCUCAAGGCUGCGCCGACUGGCAUCGGUGGGCCGGCUUCGAGCCCAUCAACUAUCUAAUGUACAUCGUCUUUGCGACCCUAUUUGCCCUCACCGCUGCCAGUCUCGUCAAGUCGUAUGCGCCGUAUGCCGCCGGCUCGGGCAUCUCCGAGAUCAAGUGCAUCAUCGCCGGCUUCGUCAUGAAGGGCUUUCUUGGCUUUUGGACCUUGGUUAUCAAGUCUCUGGCCUUGCCCCUGGCCAUCGGGUCUGGUCUCUCCGUCGGAAAGGAAGGCCCCAGCGUCCACUACGCCGUCUGCACCGGAAACGUCAUUUCUCGCCUCUUUGCCAAGUACCGCCGGAACGCGUCCAAGACCCGCGAGGUGCUGAGUGCUUGCGCUGCCGCGGGCGUGGCCGUCGCCUUCGGCAGUCCCAUCGGCGGAGUCCUCUUCUCGCUCGAGGAGAUGUCGAACUACUUCCCCCUCAAGACGAUGUGGCGUAGCUACUUCUGCGCCCUGGUUGCCACGGCUGUCCUAGCCGCCAUGAAUCCCUUCCGGACCGGCCAGCUCGUCAUGUUUCAGGUCAAGUAUGACCGGUCGUGGCACUUCUUCGAAGUGCUCUUCUACAUCAUCAUCGGUGUCUUUGGCGGUCUCUACGGUGCAUUUGUGAUCAAAUGGAAUUUGAGAGUCCAGGCCUUCCGCAAGAAGUACCUGGCCAAUUACGCCGUGCUCGAGGCGACCCUGCUGGCCGUUGCCACCGCUAUUGUCUGCUACCCCAACGCCUUCCUCAGGAUGGAAAUGACAGAGAGCAUGAAGGUCCUCUUCCGGGAAUGCGAGGGUGCCCAAGACUACCACGGGCUGUGCGACCCCGAGCGUCGCCUCGGGAACGUCGUCUCCCUCAUCUUGGCUACCAUCAUCAGGGUAUUUUUCGUCAUCAUCUCUUACGGCUGCAAAGUCCCGGCCGGCAUCUUUGUUCCCUCGAUGGCCAUCGGCGCCUCCUUUGGGCGGACCGUUGGAAUCAUUGUGCAAGCGCUGCAUGAGGCGAGCCCAAAGAGCGUCUUCUUUUCUUCCUGCGAGCCCGAUGUUCCUUGUAUCACACCCGGGACGUACGCCUUUCUCGGCGCUGCUGCGGCCCUCAGCGGGAUUAUGCACAUCACAGUCUCCGUCGUCGUCAUCAUGUUUGAACUGACCGGAGCGCUCACCUACAUCCUCCCUACCAUGAUUGUCGUUGGCGUCACCAAGGCCGUCAGCGAGCUGUUUGGCAAGGGCGGCAUCGCCGACCGCAUGAUCUGGUUCAGCGGCUUCCCUUACCUCGACAACAAAGAGGAGCACAACUUUGGCGUGCCCGUUUCGCAGGCCAUGAUCUCCGACGUGGUGUCGAUACCCUCUACCGGUAUGACCCUCAAGGCCGUGGAGCGCCUCCUCACCAGAGACAACUACCAAGGCUUCCCCAUCAUCCAAGACGAAACCUCUAAAAUCCUCCUCGGCUACAUCGGCCGCACCGAGCUUCGCUACGCUGUCGACCGCGCAAAACGCGAGCGCAACCUCAGCCCGCUCGCGAAAUGUACCUUUGCCGUGCCCUCUCAUUCCUCGACGACGACGACGACGACAACAACCAACCCCGUCAUCACCCCAGUCACGCCGACCGGCCCACAACAACCAGCUUCUCCUCUAGACUACGCCACCUCCGCCUCUACCACACUCGACUUCACCCCUUACGUCGACACCACCCCGCUGACCGCCCACCCGCGCCUCCCCCUCGAGACCGUGAUGGAGCUCUUCCGCAAGAUCGGCCCGCGCGUCAUCCUCAUCGAGCACCGCGGCCGGCUGGCGGGGCUCAUCACGGUCAAGGACUGCCUCAAGUACCAGUUCAAGGCCGAGGCGGCCGAGGAACAACAGCACCACCACCACCACCACCAGCAGCAGCAACACUCGCGAGACGGCGAUUCGGCCGGACCGGCGUCACCGCGGAUGCGGCGGCGGCGGCGGGCGGAGGAUGAGUUGCCCCAGGAGGAACGCGUGUGGGAGCUGAUCAAGGCUGCGGCCGGCUGGGUGUCGGAUGCGGUCGGGAGGGUGAGCGGGGGGAGGGUGAGGUUGAGGGAUUCCUGGGAAGGAGAGCGGGACGACGACGCCGCGAGCCAGGGGGCGAGAAGCAACAACGGGUUUGGGCGAGAGCAAGGGCAGAGGCAGGGGCAGAGGCAGGGACAGGGGCAGGGGCAGGGGCAAGGUCAAAGACAAGGAGCCAUAUUGGAUGGGACGGAGGAGGUGAUGGGGGAUGAUGAGGAUGGGGGACUGGAACUGGAGAACAGGCGAUGAUGUGCAUUCCCGAGAGAAGAGUGGCUUGGCGAUCGCAACGAUGAUAAGGAUACACUUACACUUAGAUGGGAGAAAUUUUAUUCGCAAGGCG